AAGGAGAGUCAGACAGGGUGUGGCCAGGCACUCAAGGCCAGGGCAGCUGGGUGAACUUAGGCAUGCCAGGAGAAAGCCUCUUGGUUCCUGAUUUAUCCUCUUCUUCCCUGCAGAGUGAAUGGGGUGGGCGCCCCUGGCCUUGAGGCAUCAGUAGCACCUCAGAAAUUAGCCAACCAGAAAGAUGCUCAGGACCCUCUAGGCGCUGCUAUUGAAAGGGAAAAGGUGCGCGGGCUCUGCGUAAACUCCUCCAGGCCAGGAAGGGAGGCGGAGGCCAGGCGCGGGGGAGGAGCCGACUGCUAUAAAAGCCCUGCUCUGCUGGCGGCCCCACUCCAGUCCGAACACAUGUGCCCGCCUCGCCCGGCAGCCACCACCGCGGGGCGCAGCGGAGACCCCUGGCCCGGCGGCCUGUGGGGGCCUAAAGAGGCGGCAUGAGCAGCGCACCGUGGAGCUGACGCCGCGCCCCCUGCCCGGUCCAUGUCUUUCGCCAUGCUGCGCUCAGCGCCGCCGGGCCGCUACCUGUACCCUGAGGUGAGCCCGCUGUCGGAGGAUGAGGACCGCGGAAGCGAGAGCUCAGGCUCCGACGAAAAACCCUGCCGUGUGCAUGCUGCGCGCUGCGGCCUCCAGAGCGCCCGGCGGCGGGCAGGAGGACGGAGGGCCGCGGGUAGUGGGCCAGGACCCGGGGGGCGGCCAGGCCGCGAGCCCCGGCAGCGGCACACCGCGAAUGCACGCGAGCGGGACCGCACCAACAGCGUGAACACGGCCUUCACCGCGCUGCGCACACUCAUCCCCACCGAGCCAGCAGAUCGCAAGCUCUCCAAGAUUGAGACGCUGCGCCUGGCCUCCAGCUACAUUUCUCACCUGGGCAACGUGCUGCUGGUGGGUGAGGCCUGCGGCGACGGGCAACCAUGCCACUCGGGACCCGCUUUCUUCCACAGCGGUCGUGCGAGCAGCCCCCUGCCACCGCCGCCACCGCCGCCGCCGCCACCGCCACCACCGCUGGCCCGAGACGGCGGAGAGAACACCCAGCCCAAACAGAUCUGCACCUUCUGCCUCAGCAACCAGAGAAAGUUGAGCAAAGACCGUGACAGAAAGACGGCGAUUCGAAGUUAGAAGGAGGAGGGUCCACAGCAGCCAAGAGGUGAUGCCACUAGUGAAGGUGGACGCCACUGAAGAGUCACGGAGAGCCCCAUCUUGGACCUGAUCGGAGCACAGGUCCCCGAGAGCACGCUCACCAGGCCAGACCUGCCCCAGCUAUGAGCAGGGCCUAUGGACAGACAGGUGGACAGGCGGGCUAUGGCUUGACUCUUAGUAGCCCAACACUUCCAGGCCCACUGGAACUUUCCAUGCUGGCUCCCUACCUGGGCCAAGUGUUGGCAUCUUGUGUCUUUAAUGAUAAUAUAAAGUCUGGAAAUUUUGUAUAAUUAAAAAUGAAACAGUAUCUUCCAAACUGAGGCAGACUAUCCUCUUGAAAGGAUCUGAACUUACUCUGACCCUAGCUCUCUCACCCUGUCUUCCCAGA